GUGUGUCAGUGUGAUGCCGGAGAUUCCCCAGUCUUAUUGGUACAGCAAUUCAAGAAGUAUAUUUGAUGUUAGUUUAUGAAAGCACUGGAUCCUGUAGUUUCCUUUUGUAUGUUGGUUCUGUGAGACUGAAGAAUAUUCCCCUGGUAUUUCCAAGUGUGGGGAGACAGAACACUCCCUGUCCCUCUCAGGGGUGGGGAAAGCAAGAAGGAAGUGUGAGCUCUAAUAAACCUAGUGCGUGCCACCAACAGAAACAACAAUCACUAGAGGGAGAUCUAUGGCGGUGCUGGGUGCCUCUCUCCUGGGAACUGUGCUGUGUCUAAGUGCCUUUCUUCAUUUGGGAGCCACAGAAGGUGGCAUCCCACCAGCCCCUGAGGAAGUCCAUUUUGAUCUGCAGUUUUACUCUCAUACCUUACUGUGGUCCCCUGGAGGUCCUGGUGCAGAGGGGAUCCUUUAUGAAGUGCAGUAUUUAAAGUAUGGUACACAAUUAUGGAAAGAUGUGCCCCACUGCUUCCUCACCCACCAUCUUUCAUGCGACCUGACAGAAGAGACUCUGCCCUUGGGUAUUGGAUACUUUGGAAGAGUCCGUAGCAUCCUCGGAAACCAGACCUCAGAUUGGGUACGGACCUUAAGAGUUGGAAACCAAGAAGUCACUCUGCCUGCACCCUCGUUCUUACUCCAUGUGGAUGGCAGUUCACUCUUGGUUGAUGUCAGUCUCCCCCAGACCCAGGCUGGAAACUUCUCACUGCACUAUGUAGACCUGUUCCCAUUUAACAACAAAUACAUUGUACAUAUACGCAGAACUACAGAUAACCUUACGGUUGUACAGGAAGAGAACACAACAAUGUUCCAUAUAUAUAACCUGAACACAGAAAGAGAGUACUGUGUGGCAAUGCAGCUUAAAAUCACCUCUAGACUGAACAAUGGUAUCCUUUCUCCGGAGACAUGUAUCUACCUGCCAGUAGAAGAGUUGAAUAACAGUGCACUGCUGGCGUUAGCUACUGCUAUACUUGUCUUUGUAACCAUUCUAAUAUUUGUCAACAUCAUUAUCUGUCUGUAUGUUCGGGGAGCAGUAAAGACCCCAAAAGCUCUGAAGUCUCUUAUUAUGCGAAGUUGGUCCUGGAUGGAGAAACCACCAAUGCAGGUUUCUAAUGGUACGGACUCCAUAAGGUGGGAAGAUGAAUUUAUUGAUAGCCUCAUGAUGGAGCCUAGGAAUUCCCCUUUGCGUAGCAGUGGAGACAGUGGGUUUGGAAGCCAGAUACUUACCAUAAAGAAUUCACAGCUUCAAUCAGCAUCUUUGGUCCUCUGUAUAGAUGAUAGUGGUGUUGAAUUGCCAGAAUCAAACUCUGACUGUAAAAAGACAUUCCAGAAUGAAGAUCCUACUUUCAAAAUGCAUGUUCCAGAAAUUCAGGCUGAGGACAGUGGGAUCAGCUUAUCCACAGGAUCCCCUUGUCUCAAACGUAGCUGCAGCAUUCAGGUGUGUUAUGGAGAGAAUACAAAUGGUGUCAGAGAUAAUAACUGCAUUGAAGAUGUCAAUGAUUCAAGGUUAGGAUACCUACAGCAAUCUGAACCCAAGAAGAACCAGAAUAGUCCUGAAAUGGAAGAGGCAGAAAUAACACAAACUAAAGACUACCUUCAACAGGUAAAGCAGGUGCUGCACAUUGACAAUGGGAUACCCAGGCACAACAGUAACCCCCAAGUACAGCAGGAGUUCUUCCAAGGAUCCUGGACUAAUAUUAAUGAAGGGGUUCACUCUUCACCUCCAUUCACUGCAGCUUUUAGUCCAUUUAGUCGGGUUCUCUGUGAUUUUCGGGUCAAUGUCCCCUCACUAGGGGAUGUUCAGCUGUUGGAUAUCAUAUCCUAAAAUGUAAGGGAUGGGGUCAUAUUCGAGGUACAACUUAGACUGGACUGACCAGUCUAUAAGAUUUGUAAUUAAACUAUUAGGACACUCUUGAAACCUUUACAGAUGCACAAAAAGAACAAUGGACCAAGGACCACAAAUGCUGUACACCUAUUGGAAAAUGGAAAUUAGUAAGAAUACUGAAUCACAUAAAUAGAAAAACAAUAAGCAGCAUCUCCUUUCAUUGCAUCCUUUACUAUAUCCUAAUAGACGCUCUCCAGCAAACUUCUGUGACAUUAACAAUAAGCUGCACUUUAAUUAUCUUGCCUUUAGCCCAUUUAUGGGAUAUAGACAAUACAGAUUUGAACUUCCUUGGUCAGAGUCCAAGUGUUCAUGUAUAUUACCUUGAGUUAUAUACUGUGUAUAUAUAUAUUUCACUUUGCACAAUAAUUUUGCACACUAGAAAAAAUAUUUAUUUGUACAUAGGCUGAUAUAUUUAUAUUUUUAUAAAAAUAUUUUCUCUCCUCCUGUUUUAGUGCUUUUUAAGUAGAUAGGAGCACAAUAUGAGCCAGAAAUUGAGUACAACACAAUAUUUUAUGCUAUAAAUAAAUGGUUAAAAAAAAUAAAUAAAAUGUUCCUUCAUAGCAAUCUGGAAUCCUGUGCGGGUGGAUUAUGCUUGGGACACAUGCUA